GGCAGGGGUAUAAUCAAAACUCAAAGGUAUUUAGCUACAAACAAACGAAGUCGAUGCAAGUUCCAGAUUUACAUAACUAACCUUGGGUUAGCCGGAGAUAUUCCUCCUUGUUGAUCGCCAGUGGGGUAAGUAAGCAAAAACAACAGAUCAACAAGAAAUGAGGUAGACUAUCUGGAAAUUUGAAGAUAGCAUGCAUUACACAAGAUCAAAUCCUAGAAUUCCAGACACGAACUUCAGUUCAGCAAUGGAAACAUAGAGAUUUUCAAGAAGGAUAUCAGGUGGUCAAGAAAUUCAGAUUCUCAAGAAUACUAAUUACUCAACAAACCCAUUGUUUCUCCUACAUGAAAUUGAAGUUAUGGUCCACAGAAUUCUGUAUUGGUUGAUUCUAGAACAAAUAUUUCUAGUGACCUAGAUCUUUGAAUUUCAGUUCAAGUUCAAAUUGCAUUAAAAUGCAAGGCAAAGUUAUGAACCCAGCAAGCAAGGAACCUAGAAACUGGGUUCUACGAACCCAACAACUGGGUUCCUCGCGGAACCCAGAUCUGGGUUCCGCGAACCCAGAAACUGGGUUCUUCGCGGAACCCAGAAACUGGGUUCUUCGCGGAACCCAGAUCUGGGUUCCGCGAACCAAGCAUCGCGGAAUCCAGAUCUGGGUUCCACUAACCCAGCAACGGGGUUCUGUGAACCCAACAACAGGAUGCCGUGAAGAACCCAAACUAGGUUCGCCAACCUGCAAAGAGCCUAGUAGCUAAUGAGGAUGAGUAUGAUGCCAAGGAUGAGGAGAAAGAAGUUCAGCGUAAUCUGCAACUCUUCCCACAUUGCUUUAGGCCUAGAAAUUUAUCAAUGUUAACAAAGAAGAAGACAAAACAAUUAAAAAAUUAAAAUUAAU